AUGGGGCUCAGCGCCUGGAAUGAGCUACUGGAGGCACACCGGGAGCCACAUACGGAAGAAUCGGAUCAAGUGACCCUUGUACUGUCUGCGGAAACUCAAAAUACCUUGCAAAACUUUUUGGUAGAAAUACUUCAAAUAGAAGACGAAAACUCCAGUUUGGCUGCCAUUGGCUACUACCACAAAAUUUUGGAGACUGGUAAUGAAAGAAACAGGGCAAUCUCAGUUCACAUUUACACAGUUGCAUGGCCUUCAACUGCCACCGCAGUAGAUUUACUGUCAAUAUUUGUUGGGCCCGACACCGUGAACGUUCGGUGGGGCUUUUUGCUAGAUUGGCAGGAAGGUUCUCACAAGACAUGGUUGCGUGGUCUUCGCAACAGCUUUGAUCUGCUGCAACAAAAAUUGGGUCGAGAUUUACAAAAAUUGGAUUUCUGCACAAUUGUGCUCAUGGGGGCUCAGGUCUGUGUGGGACUAGAUCUGAGAUCGCCGCAGUGGAAUUCGCUCAAAAUGGAGUUUUUGAACCAAUCCCUCAGAUCAUUGGCAUUCAUAAGACGUGCCUCACUGCUGGCAGUCGAGCAAGAUAGUGCGCCAGAAAGUUUGAUAGAGAUACGGAGGGUCAUGCUGGGCCAGGAAUCGAGUCAGACGCCCAACUACAUUGAAAUGGACAAGCUGUUCGUGCCGCGAGGCUGUGACUCUGAGUCCAAAAUCAAGACAAUGGGCGAGAAUUUCCCCGUGUUGCAGAUCGAAGCUGAAUCUUUCAUAGCAGGUCAAUUUGAACGGCACAUUCCUGGUGCGUCCCAGAAAGAAGACACUGACCCAGAAUACAGUUCCGAUGCUAGUCUUUCGCCUACAGUCAUACCAGAGAUAGAUGUCCAGGCAGAGUUAGCCAAAAUCUACGAAGAUCAGAAGUCAUCACUUCUAAACAUUAAUGGGACUCAAAACUCCCCAAUUGACAUUCCAAAUGCAAAAGAGGCAGUAGACCUUUGA